ACAACCCUGACUAUAAUUCUGCUUCUUUUGUAGGAAGACGAGUUUGUUGAUUGGUGGAGCAAGUUCUAUGCUUCUACAGGAGAGAAACACAAGUGCGGCACAUACCUGGACAAGGGCUUCGAUAUGCUUGAGGUGUACGAUACGGAGCUGGAGAGGGUCAAGGACUAUGAAGGAUUGACGGACUUCUGCCGCACUUUCCCGCUGUACCGCGGGAAGAUCGAGGGGGAAGAUGAAGACCCUUCCGUGGUGGGCGAAUUCAAGGGCAGCUUCAAGAUCUACCCCCUCCCCGACGACCCGGCUCUGCCCUCGCCCCCCCGCCAGUUCCAGCAGCUGCCCACCAGUGCCCCGCAGGAAUGCCUCGUCAGAGUCUACGUCAUCCGAGCUGUCGGCUUGCAACCCAAGGACUCCAACGGAAAGUGCGAUCCCUACGUAAAAAUAUCCCUGGGGAAAAAGUCCGUCAACGAUCAGGACAACUACAUCCCAUGCACACUCGAUCCAGAGUUUGGAAGGAUGUAUGAGCUGACGGGACUCCUGCCCAUCGAGAAAGAUCUGAAGGUCACUCUCUACGACUACGACCUCCUGUCCAAGGACGAGAAGAUCGGCGAGACCGUGAUCGACCUGGAGAAUCGCUUCCUGUCCCGGUUCGGAGCUUGCUGUGGUCUACCUCAAACCUACUGCAUAUCGGGACCGAACCGAUGGCGUGGCCAGCUGACUCCGACGCAGUGCCUCCACAACUACGCGAAGAGACACAGCUGCCGGCUCCCUGUCUACAGCGACGACAAGAUCGUGUUUAGCGGGCAGGAGUUUCCGCUCUCCCAACUCGAGGACGGAGUGCCGUUGAAUGUCCACCUGGGCCCCCCAGCGGAGCGGCUGGCCCUCCAUGUGCUUCGUAAGCAAGGGUUAGUACCAGAGCACGUGGAAACCAGAUCUCUCUACAGCCCCCUGCAGCCCGACAUCGAGCAGGUAAGCCCAGAUCGGAAGUCAAUGGUUUCUUCAUUAUCGCCUGUACCACUGGUCUUCGUAAAGCGGAUCGCAAAACCCAUCAACCGCUCACAAAUACCAUCUGGCUCAGUAACGUCUCUCAGGGAAGGGGAAAGUGCCGACCUUACUCUGACCGAGAUAUGA